AUGGCGUUGUCAGCCUUCAGGCAAAUUCUAAUACGUCCUCUCAUCUCUGUGACGGUGCAGAAAACAUGUUUUCGCUGUUUGUCAACAAGAUUAGCUGAAGUUGGGAUACUAGAACCACCAAGGGAACAUGGGAAAGCCUACAAUACUGGCCAGCUGUUCUUGCACAAGAUCUUUGGCUAUCGAGGAAUUGUACUCUUUCCCUGGCUAGCACAUGUAUACGACCGAGAUACUGCACCUAAACUAGAUGACAGAUCCUUUGAUGAUCAGACGACUGCCGUGGGAAAGGAGGUCAAGGGCAAGAAUCACAUGUAUUACCAGGUGCUCAUCGAUGCCAGAGAUUGUCCCCACAUUAGGGCUCAGACGGAAGCAGUGACUUUCCUGGGAAAUCAGGACAACAGUAGAGCACUGUAUGCCAUCCCAGGUCUAGACUAUGUUGCACAUGAAGAUAUUCUUCCUUACACAACACCAGACUCCUCCCCGAUUCAGCAUGAACUGUUUGACAAGUUUCUCAUGUACGACCCAGACAGCAAUCCCCCGUUUGUGGCCCGGGAGACGCUGGGUGCUUGGCAAGAGAAGAACCACCCCUGGCUGCAGUUGUCCGACGUCCAUCGAGAGACCACAGAGGGAAUCCGUGUCACUGUGAUCCCAUUCUACAUGGGAUGUAGGGAAGCUCAACAGACGCAUGUUUACUGGUGGCGUUACUGUGUUCGGCUGGAGAACCGAGGAGAGGAGACUGUUCAGUUGCGAGAGAGACACUGGAGGAUAUUCAGCCUUUCUGGCACACUGGAAACUGUCAGGGGCAGGGGCGUAGUUGGCCAGGAACCAGUACUUUCAGCCGAGCAGCCAGCGUUUCAGUACAGCAGCCAUGUCUCGCUUCAGGCACCCAGUGGUCACAUGUGGGGUACAUACAAAAUGGAGCGGCGUGAUGGGACAAGUUUUGACUGCAAGAUCCCGCCGUUUUCUCUGGAGAGCAAAUCUGACGACAGCAGCAACCCACACCAGUUCCUGGGAAGUUAG